AUGGUGUUUGAGAAACAUUUGUAUUCAUGGUCUAGAAUUGGAACACUGAAAUUGAGAGAGAUAUGGACAAAGCAACCAGUGAAUAGGAUAUGUGCCGAUAACAUUAAAGGGAUAGAGGACAGAGCUGGAUUCCCCACAAUUGGCAAGAAUGCAGUUCCUUUGAUUUUUACAGAGUUUGGGUUUAACGAGGUAGGUUCUUCAGUGGAGGACAACAGGUUCUUGACAUGCCUUCAAACUUAUCUUGUUGGGAAAGAUUUGGACUGGGGUUUGUGGGCUUUUCAGGGUAGCUACUAUUUAAAGAGUGACACGGUCCAAGUUAAGGAGUCAUUUGGUAUAAUGGAUGAGACUUGGCACCACUUGAGAGAUCCCAACUUCACUCGCAAGUUCCAACUUUUGCAAAGAAAGAAUCUAG